CCUUUACAGUCAUAUGACAUUAUAUUUUUAAUUGAGAAUAUAAAACUGGCCAUAUUUUUAUAGCCUACAUUCAACAUUGAUUCAAACAAGACUAUUGACAAGUAACAAGAAUAUCAACAGAUAUUUAGUUUUGAGUAAUGGAGAAUCAAAAGGAAGAGCCUAGCAAAAAAAAACAAGAGCAAACAAAUAUGAUGAUGCCUAAAUUAGCUCAGAUAGCAGAUAGAUUUGGCAAUGUCAUCCUAUUUGGCAAUGCUGGAGACUUUUGGCAAGUACCAUUUCCAAUUGGAGCUGAUAAUGACUACAGAACUCAAGUCCGCAGAGCACGAGAUAUGGAAAUAAGAACUGAUGAUGUUUUGAUUUGUUCUUAUCCUAAAUCAGGCUUGCACUGGCAGCAGGAGAUCAUCAACAUGUUGAUGAAAAAGACAUCAAAAAUUACAGAUGGAGAAACUUCUCUUGGAUUCUUGGACAUGAUGCCCAUUGAGCAUUUCAGUAAAUUACCUUCUCCAAGAUUAUUGGUUACACAUGUGCCCUAUAGAUAUGUUCCUAAACAAGCAUUUGAAAAAAAAAUUAAGAUCAUUUACUUGGAUAGAAAUCCUAAAGACGUUUUUGUGUCAUUUUAUAAUCACAUGCAUAAGAAUAUUCCCCCAUUUGAUUAUGCUGGAUCAUUUGAACAGUUUUUUUACCUUAAUAUAGAGGUUGGAUACAUGUAUGGGGAUCUGUUUGACUACAGAAUGGAAUGGCAGAGAGGAAUAGAGUCUCAUCCAGAUGGUUCAGUUUUUACCUCCAUCUAUGAAGAGAUGAUUUUGGAUCCCAUUGGUGGAGUUAAAAGCUUGAAUAGAUACGUGGAUACUGGCUGUUCAGAUGAGUUAUGUGAAGAAAUAGCUUCAGCCUGUAGCUUUGACAAUAUGAAGCAACACAAAGAAAAAACAGUGCAGCCUGAAUUUCAAGCUAUGUUUCAAGACAAAAAGAUACCAUUUUAUAGAAAAGGUGGUGUAGGAGAUUGGAAAAACUGGUUCACUGAUACUAUGAAUGAAGAUUAUGAUAAGGAGUACAAGAAAAGAAUGUCAGAAUAUAAAACUGUUUACAAAUAUACUUUAGACCAAAUGUCGAGUGAAUAAUAGAUU